GCUGAUUCAAGACUUCCCCUAUUUCUCUCACCAACUCUCUGCGUGUGAUCAUCACGUUGGUUUCUCAAUUAUUCAAACAAAAAGAGGAAUUCCCCGUGUCGGAUUAUCAGCUUGGUUUUUCAAUUAAUCAAUCAAAAACUCAAAAAGAGCAAUUCUCCGUGUCCAAUUAUCUUCUUGGUUUUUCAAUUAAUCAAAACAAAAAAAGAAUUUUACAAUAAUGGCCAUCCAAGAAAUUGCCAAUUCAAUUUUGGGAACAAUUGCAGAGAAGUGUAUCGAUCCAAUUUUGCGUCAAUUUCGGUACUUAAUUUUCUGCAAAAGCAAUGUUAAAAGUCUGAGCGAUAGCAUCAAAAAACUUGAGCUAAAGGAAACUGAGGUGCAACAAUUGGUACGUCAAGCAAAAGACAAUGCCGAAGAAAUUAAAGCAACUGUUGUUGAUUGGCUGAAACAAGUUGAGGAUGCAAAGAAAGAUGCACAUACUAUUUCUGAGGGUAUGGAGACUGCUGAGGUGAAUUGCUUUAAUAUUGUCGGGCUUCCAAAUUUGAAGUCAUGCUAUUUGCUAGGCCGACGUGCGGUGAAAAGAACAAGUGUUGUUGAAAAACUCUUAGGAGAGGGCCAAUUUGAUGAAGUUGGAAACCUUCCUCCAUUGGGGAAAAUGCCUUUAAGUGAAUUGACCCCAUCCUUUGAGGAAGGCCUAGUUUCUAGGAUGUCAACAAAGAAGCAAGUGAUGGAAGCUUUAAAGCAGGAGAAAACUAGCCUAUUGGUGAUUUGUGGCAUGGCCGGCGUAGGCAAGACUACUUUGGUCAAACAAAUUGCUGACCAGGUUAAGUUAGAGAAAUUGUUUGAUGAAGUUGCCUUUGCAACUGUGUCUCAAAGUCCAGACAUGAGAAAUGUCCAAGAUCAACUUGCUGAGCAGUUAGGGAUGGAGAUAACACAGCAAACUGAUCUGCCAAGAGCUGAAAGAUUGUAUACGAGACUAAUCAAUAGUGACAAGAUAACUCUUGUUAUAUUGGAUGACAUUUGGAAAGAGCUUGAUCUUAAGAGUCUAGGAAUUCCUGUCAAAGGUGAAUGCAAGAGCUUAAAAGUCAUACUGACAUCUCGGUUAUUAAAUGUUUGUAGGGGCAUGGGAGCUGAAAUUUUUGAGGUGAAUAUCUUGCCUAAAGAAGAAGCAUGGCAUCUUUUCAAAAAUGAUGCAGAAAUUUCUGAUGAUUCUGCUUUGAGUGGUGUUGCAAAGCAGGUUGCAGAGGAAUGCAAAGGUCUACCUCUUGCAAUCGUUGUUGUUGCCGGGGCAUUAAAGAGCAAUCAUACUCUAGAUGACUGGGAACAAGACCUUGAACAACUAAAAAAGUACACAAUUAGAGACAUAGACGGAGUUAAAGAUUUAGUGUUUUCAACAAUUAAGUUUAGCUAUGACUAUUUAAAAAGCGAUGAAGCUAAGUCACUACUUUUGCUUUGCAGUUUGUUUCCAGAGGAUUAUAGUAUUCCAAUCGAAUGUUUGGUUAGGUAUGGUGAAGGGCUAGAAUUGUUCAAAAAUAGAUGGACGUUAAAAGAUGUAAGAUACUGGGUAGGCAAGCUUAUUGGUCACCUGAAAAGCUCCUAUUUGUUGCUAAAUGAUAGUGAAAAAGAAGACUCUGUAAAAUUGCACGAUGUCGUGCGAGAUGUGUGCUUGUCAAUUGCAUCAGAAGGCGAGCAUGAGUUCUUAGUGAGCAAUUCUGGAGUAGGAGAAAAGAAUUCUUACACGGCGAUUUCGCUAGUAUCGCAACAUUCCAAUCAUGAUCUACUUCCAUUUUGCAAGGAAUAUCCAAGGCUUAGGCUGUUGCGCUUGGUACUCCAACCAGGAGAACUCAACCUACCAGAAGACUCUUUCAUACGAAUGAAAGCUCUCUGGGUCAUGGAAUUAAACCACUCGCAAAUUGAAUUUCCACUGUCAUGGCCUGGCCAAAUGCUAAGGAGCCUUCGGACACUGUACCUGGAUUAUUGUGUAUUGGGCACUGGAAUGUCGUCAAUGCUGGGACACAUGAUGCAAUUGGAAACUUUGAGCGUCUUUCAAUCCAAAAUUCUGGAUGAUCGGUUUCCAGCUGAAAUCGGUCAGUUGAGUAAUUUAAAGUUGUUGGAUUUGAGGGUUGAAAGUAGCCUCCAUCCCUUGCCUAGUGGUAUCUUGUCAAGCUUGAAGAAACUAGAAGAAUUGUAUUUGGGAUCUCAUUAUCAGCUGCGGCUAGGGAAAGAUGGAAAAGAAGAAAGAGGAUGCCUAAAAGAGAUCUCAUCAAUCUCUAACCUUGCAUGUCUCCAAAUUGUUUUAUAUGACCUUAACAUCUUACUUCUAUCUUUGCAAGGAUUUGAUACUCAGAGGUUGUCAAGAUUUCACAUUGCAGUAGCUGAUUACAGUAAAAGAGAAGCACUGACAAAUGUCAUCAAAAACUAUCAAUUUCGGAAAAGCUUUGAGCUUCAUUUGUUAGAUCAGGAUGAUGAAGAGUUGAACCAAGUGUUUGAUCCUAAUGUUACUAGCAUUGUCAAGAGAACCGAGAAUCUCACUUUGGAUCUUGGUAGAUCAUCAUGCUUGAGGAAUCUUGUGCCUGGCUUGUGUGCAGACGGGUUCAUCUAUUUGAAAAAGCUUUAUCUGUAUAGAGGACAACAUGAAUGCCUUAUUGAUUCUACCGCCAACCUUGUUGCUGGAUCUGUUUUUGCAAAUUUGGUUUCCAUGACGUUAACACAUUUGGAGUUGAAAGAAAUAUGUAAGGGAGUUCUUCCACCUCGAUGCGUCAGCUUCGGUCAAGUUCAAGAGGUGAGACUUGAAUUUAUAGAUGCUUUAAAGUACUUGUGGAAGGGACCAGUCGAACAUUCAUCGCUUUGCAACCUCAGAUCUAUUCAGGUACUGCUUUGUGAUCAAAUUAUGACUCUCUUCUCACAAUCGACACUGAAAUGUCUAGUGAAACUCCAAAACAUAAGCGUAUCUGGUUGUAAAAAUUUGGAGACAAUUGUUCUGAGGGAGGAAAGUCUGACAGAGGAAGAGCUUGAACUACCCCAACUCAAAGUGUUAACCUUAAGCGGGACAAACUUUAUUGGUUUUGGCUCUAAAGAUGAUAAAGCUGUGGCUUUUAUUGACCAGGUUUCACUCCCCUGCCUGGAAGUACUAGAGAUUAUUGAUCCUGGUGAUGGCCCCGAACAUCUAAUAGGAGGGAAAAGGCCAAGUGGGUCCCUCGACAACUUAAAAUCCGUGAGGCUCGGGGGAUGUGACUCUAUUCGAUGCAUUGCCAAAGCUGAUACGGUUACAUUAUUACAAAACUUGCAAGCACUUCGCACGCUGAAUUGUCAUGGGAUGGAAUCCCUUGUCGACUUUGAGGGUCUAAAAGUUCGUAAUACUCCAUCAGAAAAGACACUUGAAAUUCUCCCCAAACUAGAGUCACUGGACUUGCGUGGCUGUCUAAGAUUAACCCAUAUUUGGAGGAAUUUUCCUAAAGGGGUUCGAGUAUUUCAAAACUUAAGAAGUCUAUAUGUGUACAAGUGCCCUUUAAACUGUUUGUUUCAUCCUCCUAGUGUGGCUGACAUGCUCAUAAGCCUUGAGGUAUUGACAGUUGAUAAGUGCUCGGAAAUGCAUGAAGUUAUAGGUGAGGAAGAUGAAGAGGUCAGCCAAGAAGAUAAUGCUCAGCAUCAUGACGUUGGAAAACGUAGAGAAAUUUCACUGGGAAGAACUAGCAAGGAGUUCGUGUUUCCUAGAUUAACCUCUCUGCAAUUGAAAGCGCUUGAGAAUCUUCAAAGUUUUAGUGGUAGUCACCGGGAGGAUUAUGAGUUUAAAUUUCCCCUACUCACUGAGUUGAUCAUAGUGAGUUGCCCAAAGUUGAAGAAAUUUUGUUCCGGAAAGUUGAAUGCACCAUUGCUUAAGAAAGUCCAAACAGUGCCAAGUGAUAUAGAGAAUUUUGAAGACCGUAGAUUUAAAGGAUCGGGCGAUUUGUCCUUUGUUAAUUUGAAAAUGACAUGAUUAUUUGCAUAUUAAGAAUGUUGUGGGAACCAUCAAAUUCAUCGAAUUAUGUGGUCUAGUUACCAUAGUCUUGACUGAACUGGUGGAUUGGGCUAUCAGAUAUGGAUGGAGAUCUUAAUAUCAUAUACUAUAAGUGUGGAACUUAUAUAAAUAUUAUGUGCUUGCUUUUGUCAUUGAUUUUCAAAUAAUAAACAUAUUGUGUAUAUAAUAUCAUGGCUUUUAAAUAAUAAAUGUAUUGUACGUAUCGUAUCAUAGACUUUAAACAUAAAGAACGAAGCUUUUUUAGUGGAUCUAAAGAUGCAUAUAUCCUAAUUCUCCUGACUAUUCUUUUUUGGAUGAUUGGUGAGGCUAAGAUCAUUGUAAUCUUCCUUGAACAUUCUGAUGAAUGCCAUGGCUCCCAUCAUGAUUAGUCUCUCUACCAUAAAGAGUUGACAUU